AACUUUCGUCUUGUAAAAAUGGUCGCUGAUAAGCGCUCGUUUUAUAUUAUAUUUGUUAUAAAUUGUAACUGAAAAAAUCCUAGUGCGUGACAAACAUGACUGAAAAACAAAUUACCAUGGAGCAACUUGAAGAAACAGUACAACGCACAGAUGAACAGUUAGAUAUUAUGGAGUGGAAAAUGGAUAAUGUGGAAAAACAGAUGGCAGAACCAAUAGACCAAGAUGUCUGCAUUGUGAAUUUGCUCAAAUCAGUCUCAGAGGUGCGCUCCGAUUACCAGCAGCUACGACGCGAGUUGGUCGAAGUGCAGGCACUGCAAAGGGAACUGUCUACACGGCUUCGCACGCAGCUGCGCCUCGUGCACGGGAAGUUUGCGCGUCUGCGACAGCGCAUUGCCGCUGCUUCGCCUCCGCGUUAAUAGCUCGGAAACCAAAAACUCAACACAUUUCAUACUAUUUAUAAAUUUAAAAAAAAAUAUGUUAUUUUUCGGUUGUGUACAAUGCCUACGUUGCAAAAAAAGGCUAACGAUGUUAGUACGACGUUGUUAGCAAUAUCUUGAUUUAUAUUUUUUGAAAUUUCUCACGAUAUACUUGAUGUUAUUUUUAAACUAACAAGUAGUUUACUUUUGUACAUGCGAAGCUAUGUAAUAUCGUAUAUAUAUAAUCACUAUCCUCAUGUCAACACUAUUAUCUCUUUAAUAUACGAAUAAUCGAACACGUGCCAAUAAAUAGUUAUAAUAGUUAUUAUAGCACCGUUAUCAAAUAUCCCUCUAGUUAAGGUUAACAAGAUCUCGUAGUUAGUUGUGAAAAUUUUCAAUAUCUACUUUUUAUAAGGACUAUAUGCGAUUGACCUUUUUGGUAAAUCGAUCGUGUGUAAUAACCUUAAUAAGUAGGCUCUACUAGUCUGCGUUAAAUGUGACUUAUUUGUUUAGUUUGUUGUAGUUUUCUUAGUGUUUUUUUUAUUUUUUAUUUCGAAUAUAGUGUUGUAAGUUGGUGCUACGCAUGUCGAGAAUGCAUGGAUACAUAAAAUGUGAGUAAAAAUAUUGUUAUUUCUUACUACAGUAUUGGUGUUGGAAUGAAAAACUAAUAAAAUUAAAAACAUUUUGUUAGAAGAUCAAAAUCAAUAUAUUUUUUUUUAUAAAAAGAAUAUAAUAAUAAACGUUGGGAUUUAAAAAAAUAUAUCGUUGCAGAGGGAAGAGCAAACCUCUAAAGCAAUAAUUUUUAUUUUCGUAGAUAAUUAAUUUAAAAAAAUGUAAUUAAAAAUUCGUUAUAUGUAUAUUAAACUUUUAUUUUUGUUAGCAAAAUUUGAUCGAAUUUAUAUAUGUGCUAAAUAAAACGAGUAAAUGGAAAAGUAGACAAUUUUUGAGUUCGUUUUUUGAAUGAUUUAUUAGAAUUAAAAAAAAAAAUAUCUAUCUUUUCCUAUAUGUCACGACAGUGAGAUAUCUAGUGACAAAUGAUAAAUAUUCUAAAUAGAAUUAAAUAAAUUUAUUCAUAUAAAGCUUUUUAGAAAUUUUCUCGAUAAAAUAUGUAGUUAAAUGAUAAUAACAAAUUAGACGAAUUUUUGUAGAGUAUUUAUAAUAAUAUAAAUUUUAAUAUUACUCCAUCGCAUUUAUUAUUGUUUCUAUGGUACACAAUUUUUAGAAAUGUAUGAUUCACUAUUCGCACAUAUCGUAUUUCGCAUGCGUAUCUCAUUUAAAUUAGAUUAUUGAAGUGAGUCGCAGACGAAAACAAUACAACCUAUAAUCAACCAACGCAAAAGAAGGCUGUUCAUGGCAUAGCAUUUUUAUUAUAAAUUCGUAUUAAUUUCUUGUAAAAAAAUGUAAAAAGACGAAAAAUAAACCAUAUUUUUACCUUUAUCUAUAUAUUUUUUGUUUUGUUUUGAAAUAGAAAUUAAUUUAUAAAUAAUAAUUAUGACAAAUUUUUUUUUUAAAGUUGGAUGUUACCUGCGGCUCACUUCACAACUUAAUUCAUUGUAGUUUUAAGAAAAAUACAUGUCUGAACUAUGUCUAAGUCGUAUAUCUAAAUUACCACGUAUACCUGAUUUACUACAUUAGGUAACACUUAUACCUAUUUUACUUAUUAUAUUAGAAUACAUUCUAUGAUUUUUGAUGUGAUUUUACAGAGAAAUUCGUUUGAUUCUUAUACGUUUUAUAUUUAGCAAGAAUCAAACGGAUUAGUGCGAAUGUGUUAAAUGUACUCGCAAAUCACUUUACAGGAUCGGACACACGCGCGACUAUGUACCGUCAACAGACUCAUUUUGUAUUAAAUUAAAUUUCUUCGUCGCAUUGUGUGAAACAAGCAGUACAAUUAUUCUCGAAGCGGUUUCCAUUCCUAAACGAGCAUUUUUCGAUAUAUUAAUUUCGGCAGGUUUAAGUAAUCAUCAAAUUUACAAGUAAUCGUAUUUUGUUCGCAUUCUAUUAAAAUGAUCUAUUUUAUUUCGGAGGCUAAAAACACCCUAAUUUGCUGAGAAUAUAAUAUGAUAAUGAAUAUAGGUAGGUACUUAUUAAAGCUAAUUAAAAUAGUAGGUACGAAUUUGCUUUUUGCCAAUUGUUGUUUAGUUUAAAAAGUAAAAAUAUUAAAUUAUCUAUUGUCAAUUACUUGAAAGAUCUUAGCAAAAAUUAGGAGAAUUUGUUUAAAAAAAUAGGUACCUAUCCUUUAAUCUCGGUGAAUUAACAAAUAUAACGGAGUUUUUUUUACCAAAAAAUAAUCCCCCGUAAGAAAUAAAAUCGGGGCUUGCCUUUACAAAUAAAUUAAGGUUACUUAAUUUGCUAAUAAAUAUCCGGUCCGGUAAUGUCCGUAGAUUUUGAUUAAUUAUAUUCUUAAUGCAUAUUUAAACUUACAGCACGUCCAUUUCUGUAGCACAGAUAACAUAUUUACAUUUGUAUUUUAAAAAAAUCACUGCACUUAUUGGAAAAUAUUAAUAUAUUAAUAAAUUGGAGUAGGUAUAAGAACAACAUUAUUACAAUUACCCUAGUAGACUAAUGUUUAACUACUACCGUUUACUAAUUAUUAAUAUAAUAUUUAAUACCAAAUAACUUCAAUUAACGCUCAGAUGCAAGAAAGCGUUAUAAAAAAUUAUAAAGUAUCUGAUGUCUAAAAACGUUUCAAUGUUUCCGUUCGCAAUUGUUGACUGACGUAUUUUUGUCUCUUUUAUAUAAUAUCCACGAUAAAACCGUUAUAUAAUAAUAAGUGCAGUGACUUAUUCAACUUGAAUUCACUUUAUCUAUUUAACUCAUAUGCUAUAAAUAGUAUUUUUAAUAAUAGCACGUACAUACUAAACUCUGACCUCAUUAAGUAUAUAAUUUUUGUAUGCUUUUUGUGUCGCAAUAAAAUAUCUUUUGCUAACAAUUAUCAUCUUUGAAUUUCAUUCAGAUUUCUUGUAGUUUGGCGUCAAACGGAUACAAUUUAUGUAACUAUUCACUUCGACCCUACACCGAAUGUCCAAAUUCGACAAUAUGCACUAUUCCUAUUUAUAAGUAGUUUCUACUGUUAUAGGGAUGUCAAAUAUUUUGUAUUUGUGUUUAUUAUGCAAAUUGUAUACCUGUUGUAAUCCGCGCGAGAUACGUGCGUUACUCUAUUAUUUAACCUUUUAUUUUUUUCGAAUAAAUGAUAUUUUACGGU